UUGUGAUUAUGGCCAGCCAGCGUGGUGUUUUGGUUUGAACAAGAUCGCGUCCAGUUGUUGUGUAGCUAGCACGAGAAGUAACACGUCGUCAGUUGUUGCCAAUCACUCAGUGUAGUCAGUUCUGCUUUCUUUUGUCUGUGGAGAAUUUACUGAACAUGUAGUAGUCCGCUGUGCUUUUGCUACUGUCAGAAUGCCUCGCGUGAAAGUUGACAAUCGAAUUCGUGUGCAGAUCGAGAAUGGAGUUGCACAGCGCCAUCGCUCGUUCUUUGUUGUGCUCGGAGAAAAGGGCAGAGAUGCUGUUGUUAUUCUACAUCACAUGCUGUCUAAAGCCGCUGUCGCAGCAAGGCCAUCAGUACUCUGGUGUUACAAGAAGGAGCUAGGGUUUAGCAGCCAUCGCAAGAAGAGGAUGAAGCAGCUUCAGAAGAAGAUUCGGUCUGGCAAUGUUGACAUGAACAAGGAUGACCCGUUUGAGCUAUUCAUUUCUGCCACCAACAUCCGCUACUGUUACUACAAUGAAACGCAGAAGAUUCUUGGCAACACGUAUGGAAUGUGUGUUCUGCAGGACUUUGAGGCGCUCACACCGAAUCUGCUAGCGCGAACAAUGGAGACUGUGGAGGGAGGUGGCAUUGUGGUGUUGCUGCUGAGAACGCUGACAUCGCUCAGGCAGCUCAAGACGAUGGUGAUGGACGUGCAUUCGCGCUACAGAACAUCCGCACAUCAAGAUGUCGUGGCGCGUUUCAACGAGAGGUUCUUGUUGUCGCUGGCUGAUUGUACAUCAUGCAUGCUAAUCAGUGACGAGUUAAAAGUGCUGCCACUUAGUUCACACUCAGCCAAUGUCAAGCUCAAGCCCCUACCACCAAAGGAAAGUGGCCCGACUGACAAGGAUGUCAGCCUGUGCGAACUGAAGAAGGAGCUUGAGGAUGAACAGCCGUACGGAGCAAUCGUCAACUGUUGCAAAACGGUGGACCAGGGGAAAGCACUGCUGACGUUUAUACAGGCAAUCUGCCAGAAGACCUUGCGUAGCAUUGUGGCAUUGACCGCAGCCAGAGGCCGAGGAAAGUCGGCUUGCCUCGGUCUUGCCAUUGCUGCUGCAGUUGGUUUUGACUAUUCCAACAUCUUCGUAGUGUCGCCGAGUCCAGAGAACUUGAAGACACUGUUUGAGUUCAUCUUCAAGGGUUUGGAUGCUAUGCACUUCCAGGAACAUGUAGACUAUGAGAUCAUCCAGUCCACCAACCCGGAGUUCAACAAAUGUGUGGUGCGCGUCAAUAUCUUCAAGGGACAUCGUCAGACAAUCUCGUACAUUCACCCAUCAGAUGCAUCGCAGAUCAACCAGGCCGAGCUAGUUGCAAUUGAUGAAGCCGCGGCUAUUCCACUGCCACUGGUCAAGAAACUUCUUGGUCGACAUCUUGUCUUCAUGGCAUCGACAAUCAACGGAUACGAGGGAACUGGUCGCUCUCUUUCAUUGAAGCUGAUCAAGGAGCUGCGUGUGGCAGGUAGUCCAAUGGGAUUUUCCACGGCCUCCAGCCGUACGUUCCGGGAAAUCACAUUAGAGGAGCCGAUCCGUUAUGGCGAGAAUGAUCCCGUGGAGGAUUGGCUCCAUCGCCUGCUUUGCCUGAACGUGUCCAGCAUACAGAGCGUGUCUAAGGCUGUAUACCCACCGGAAUGUGAGCUGUACUAUGUAAAUCGUGACACUCUCAUGUGCUAUCAUAAGGUGUCUGAAGCAUUCCUGCAGCAGCUCAUGUCUCUUUAUGUGUCAUCGCAUUACAAGAACACGCCCAAUGACCUACAGCUGUUGUCUGACGCACCAGCUCAUCACCUCUUUGUUCUGCUGCCUCCUCACACUCCCGGUGUGCUUCCUGAGAUUCUGGCUGUUGUACAGGUCUGUUUAGAAGGUCAGAUUGCGAAGGAGUCGAUUGCUGCUAGCUUAGCACGGGGACAGCGCUCGGCUGGCGACCUCAUUCCUUGGACAGUGUCACAGCAGUUCAACGAAUCCGACUUUGGAAGGCUGUCUGGUGCACGUGUUGUGCGCAUUGCAACACAUCCCGAUCACCAAAAGAAAGGCUACGGUACUCGUGCACUGGAACAGUUGAAACAGUACUACAGUGGUGAUAUUGCGUGCAUGGGUGAGCCAUCCGAUGCGCCUAUGACAGCACCCACUGUCGAUGACUCGAGCAUUGAUGAUCAGGUAGAAGUGAUGAAGCCGCGCAGUAACCUGCCUCCCUUGCUGUGGAAGCUGAGUGAGCGGCCGCCGGAGAAACUAGACUACAUCGGCACGUCGUACGGCAUGACGGGACAGCUGUAUCGCUUCUGGUGGAAGAAUGGCUACUCUCCGGUGUAUUUGCGCCAAACAGCGAAUGACCUGACUGGAGAACACACGUGCAUCAUGUUAAACGUUUUGCACAAGGAGUUUUCUGGCAGCUGGCUAGAGAGUUUCAACGAAGAUUUCCGGCACAGGUUUGUCUAUCUGCUCGGUGGUCAGUUCUCCUCGUUCCCACCAGCCACUGCUCUCAGUAUUAUGGUGGAUCGCAAGGAUACGCAUCCCGUCAAACCACUAACUGUGGAUGAGGUGUCGUUCUGGUUCACGCCGUACGACAUUGACCGACUGGACAAGUACAGUAACAACCUGGUUGACUACCAUCUCGUCGUUGACCUGGUUCCCAAAGUGGCGCAGCUGUACUUCUUGCGACGCCUGGACAUCAAGCUGUACGCAGCGCAGUCGGCCAUAUUACUCGGUCUCGGCUUGCAGUUCAAGACCGUGGAGAAGAUCUCGGAGGACAUUGAGCUACCUGUUGGUCAGGUGUUGGGCCUGUUCAACCGCAUUAUUCGCAAAGUGGUCAAGGUGCUGAUAGAGAUUAAGUCGGCGGCCAUCGAGAAGACGCUACCACUGCCAGCACGUGUAGUGGCAUUGGAGCCCACUGCUCAGACCAUGGACGAGGCACUGACGGAGGCUGCAGAGGAAGUUUCGGAGGAGCAGAAGAAGGAACUGGAGAAGUUGAAGGCAAUGGACUUGAGCCAGUUUGCUAUUGCCGGCUCUGAUGAGGCAUGGGAUGAAGCUCUCAGCAGCAAGUCCAAAUCUGGCAAUGUCACAAUCAAGAGUGUGAAGAAGCGUAAAGCAGAGGACAUUCCUGAAGAGCCUGAUACGCAGAGAAGAAAGAAGAAGCAGCACCGUCGCUCCAGAUAAAUUAAGUUCUGUAAUAGUAUAGUUCACAUAGCUGAGAGACCAAUAUCGAUGGUCGAAUUGUACAUAAAUCUCUAGAAUACUUCGUUGCACAUACAAUACUUGGAGGUCCUGGAGGAACAGGUAUUUUUCAUAGCUGGUUUCUUUUCGCUUUCCAUUGAAGUGACUUCUUUUCUUUUGCUGCUGUUCUAGCAGCAGUGCUCUAACCCUUCUGCGCCUUCUCGCCGUGCCCGGAUGAACUGCUAUUUGUUUUUUUUACUACAGUUCUACGUUUUGUGCCCGCUUUUUUUGCGAUUUCACACCCAUCGCGAAAGCCUGAGGGAUUCCAGAUCGCAAAUGUUUCCCGGUUCACAGUAUACAAUCAUGGAGAACUGAUGCUCAAAUUUAUUAUUAUUAUUAUUAUUAUUGUUCUAGGUGUACAUGUAUGUGAGUAACCGUCUGUACUGGGGACAAAUUUCAGGUUUGCACCAUAGAAUCAUCAAAAAUGAAUGCCAUCCUAGAUCCUGCGACAGCCUGACAGCUA